AUGGACAAGCCAUCUCCCGCCGAGGAUUACUAUGAUCUAGGCGAAUACCGUCGCAAUGUUACCACAAAAAAUGAAGAUGCCCAACUUUGGUUUAGUCGGGGCUUGAUCUGGGCCUACGCCUUCAAUCACGAAGAAUCCGCCCGAUGCUUCCAAAAGGUCGUCGAGCUUGACCCGACAUGCGCUAUGGGAUACUGGGGCAUUGCGCUUGCCCUGGGGCCUAACUAUAACAAGCCAUGGCAGCUUUUUGACGGAGAAGAUCUCUGCGCCACCACAACUCGCGCCCAUCGCGCGAUCAUGGAGGCGAAAAAAUACGCUCCCACCGUGACGCCUUUGGAGAAUGCUCUUAUCGAUGCACUGCAGCACCGAUACCCCCGAGAACAGCCCGUAGAAGACUGCACAGAAUGGGAUCAGAAAUACGCCGAGGCAAUGACAUCGGUGUACAAUGAUCACCCGGAUGACCUCGACGUGACCGCGCUGUACUGCGAUGCGCUGAUGAACCUGACUCCAUGGGGUCUGUGGGACGUGAAGACUGGCAAGGCCGGACCAGGAGCAAAAACCUUCGAAGCGAAAAAAGCGCUAGAUCGAGUCUUACAACGAGACGAAUCCCUGGAUCAUCCCGGUAUCUUGCAUCUCUACAUCCAUCUGAUGGAAAUGUCGCCCACGCCUGAAAUUGCCUUGCCGAUAGCGGGAUACCUGCGAGGCCUUGUACCAGAUGCUGGCCAUCUGGAGCAUAUGCCAUCCCAUAUCGAUGUCCUAUGUGGCGAGUACAAACGAGCAGUCGCGGCUAAUACCUCUGCAAUCCGCGCAGAUGAGAAGUUCCUUGCCAACCAGCCUCUGGGCCAUUUCUAUAAUCUGUACCGUGCACACGAUUAUCACUUCCGGAUGUAUGCUGCUAUGCUAGGGGGCCGAUCGAAGGUCGCGCUUGAGUCUGGGGCCGAGCUCGCGCGGAUAAUCACCGAGCCUCUGCUGCGCGUUAAGUCUCCGCCGAUGGCAGACUGGCUAGAGGGGUUUGUCGCUAUGCAAAUGCAUGGAUUUGUGCGUUUCGGCCGCUGGGAGGAUAUCAUUGCUGUGGAGCUGCCGGAAGAUGCAGCGCUAUACUGCGUCACCACUGCUAUGAUCCAUUAUGCAAAGGGCAUCGCAUUUGCUGCUACCAGUCGUGUUUCGGAAGCAGAGGAAGAGCGAGAAAGGUUUCUGCGAGCAAUAAAGCUUGUCCCAGAUUCGCGGACAAUAUUCAAUAACCGUUGCGUUGACAUUCUCAGUGUCGGUGAGGCGAUGCUCGAUGGCGAGAUCGCUUACCGCCGUGGCGAAUACAAUACUGCGUUUUCCUAUCUCCGGGAUGCUGUUAAGCGUGACGAUGCAUUGCCAUAUGAUGAGCCGUGGGGCUGGAUGCAGCCGACUAGACACGCCCUGGGGGCGUUGCUGCUCGAACAGGAUCGCAUUGAGGAGGCUGCAGCCGUCUAUUCUGCAGACCUUGGGGUUGACACAUCUCUGCCUCGCGCUUUGAGACACCCGGGUAAUGUGUGGGCUUCGCAUGGGUAUCAUGAGUGUUUGGUCAAAAUGGGGCGGAAAUAUGAGGCGCGCGCCAUGUUACCGCAAUUGAAGAGUUCUUUAGCCUGGGCGGAUGUGCCUAUUAAAUCAUCUUGUUUCUGUCGGCAGAGAACUGAGUGA